AUGGCUGCUACUAGUACUCCAAACUAUUCAUCAAUUGAAAUAAGUGAAAAUUUAAAACAAAGUGUACUUGAACAUAUUAAUUAUUUAAAAGAAUUUUAUGAACAUCCCGG